AUGCCCGGGAUUGUAAUACUCGCAGCAUCAGGGGCAUCUGGGGACUGUUGGAAUGACUAUGGACAGAAGCACAUGCGCUACAUACAUUUGCUAAAAGGUUGUGGGUAUGGAGAACUUUUGUUGGCUGGCAGUAAGUUAAAUUUUGGACGGAAAGGGUCACAUAAAGACUCACUCUUUUAUGGCACCCAUUAUGUCCACUUAUUUCCGAGCACUAAUCCAUCUCGCCUUACCGUAGAGGGAAGGGUCAUACAUGUCUUAGUGUGUCUGCGGUCCUUCACUAUGCAUUCUGUGGAAGCGUAUUUGCUGUUGGGCCGAAGCCGUGUCGUUCACAUUGAACAAUAUGCUGCGAAGGCUACUAUUUCCAGGGAUUUUAAUAUGGCUUGGAAAUGGUAUCUAGCGCUAUCUCGAUUCAUCUUUCGGGUAAUAGAAACAACUGUAAACGUUGCCAUACAGCACCACUACUAA